GUGCGUGUAGCUCUCCGUACCGCGACUUGUCGUUUACGAUCCAUUUUUGGGAGAGGAUCUCAGGCCGACCGACGCUUCAGACGAACCAUCCCGAGCAGAGGCCCUCAUGUACGGCUUGUCCCGUCAACUCGUCCCUUGCACUCCGUCGAUGAUUUAAGGGGUGUAAACUGAUCUCGCGAGAGCUGCGUCGCUGGCUGUGACUGGUCGAGUCUUUGCGGUUUAGACUGAGGGAGAAGGCAGGCAGGCAGCAUCAUGGCGGACAGAGACAGUGGAAGUGAGCAGGGAGGAGCAGCCACGGGCCCAGGCUUCGGUUCCAUGCACUCGGCGACGGGAGGGGCGGGCUCGGCUUCAGUCCUCCAGCACGAGACUCAAGAGCUGGCGUCAAAGCGGGUUGACAUCCAAAACAAACGCUUCUAUUUGGACGUAAAGCAGAACGCCAAAGGCCGCUUCUUGAAGAUAGCCGAAGUCGGGGCCGGUGGCAACAAGAGCCGCCUCACUCUUUCCAUGUCCGUGGCAGUCGAGUUCCGCGACUACUUGGGGGACUUCAUCGAGCACUACGCCCAGCUGGGUCCCAGCAACCCGGGUAUGGUGCAUGACGAGCCGCGGCGAGCGCUCAAAAGCGAGUUCUUGGUGCGGGAGAAUCGGAAGUAUUACAUGGAUCUAAAGGAGAACCAGAGGGGACGCUUCCUGAGGGUCCGGCAGACCGUCAGCCGGGGACCCGGCUUGGUGUCCACGCAGGGCCAGACCAUCGCUUUGCCGGCCCAAGGACUUAUCGAGUUCCGCGACGCUUUGGCCAAACUUAUUGACGAUUACGGCGUGGAUGAGGAGCCCACGGAGCUCCCUGAAGGCUCGUCAGUGACUGUGGACAGCAAGCGCUUCUUCUUCGACGUGGGCUCCAACAAGUACGGCGUAUUCAUGCGGGUAAGCGAGGUCAAGCCGACGUAUCGCAACUCGAUCACGGUGCCCUACAAAGUGUGGUCCAAAUUCGGGAAUACGUUCUGUAAAUACGCCGACGAGAUGAAGAAGAUCCAGGAGAAGCAGCGGGAGAAGCGAGCGUGCGAGAUGGAGGAGGAAGAAGAGGAGGAGGAGGAAGAUGAGGAGGUGCAGGCGGACGAUGGGGACGAGGAUUGAGACACAGGCACGAAAAUAACCAGAAAUCUAACCAUAAACUCUACUGUAUAAAGAAAGAAAUCUAACUGUAAAGGUUUAACUCCAAGGGAGCAUCACCCACAAUGUAAGAAACCACCACAAGCUGACAGUUCUGACAUGUUGUCACUCAUCGCUGGAUGUUAGCCCACUUAUCCACCAUUAAUACAGUAACUGGCUGCUAUAAAAAAAGAAAAAAAAGUAAUAACAUGUUUGAACAUUGUUUCCUACUUGACAAACAAUAUGGAGUCUUUAUUUCAAAUAUUAACAGAGUAAAAGAACUUUUGUACCACUUAAAAGCUAAAAAAAAAAAAAAAAAAAGUUUGCAAUGUUGAGAUCUGAGAGUAAGCAUUUCCUUUACACGUAAGCUAAUAACUUCAGCACAAAUGACAUUUUAUUUUUUUCAAAACCAAAAUUUAGAAGGUUUAUAAAAUAAAAGAAAAUAUAGUCACAUGUAUUUGCCAUCCUGUGACUAGAAAUGUGUUUACACACAAAUCAUAUGAGGGCUAGGCCUGCUUUGGAAACUGGUUAGAUGUCGUGCAGUUUUUCCAAAUGGAACAAGUGCUCUCUCUAUGACGUGCAAUAUGCAUUGCAUCAAAAUCGAAUCAAUAUUGGUCAGUGGUUCUUGACGUGUUUGACUGAGGCAUUCAAAGACAAAUCUUGUAUCAGUUGAAAUUGUUGCCAUGCAAAUGGAUAUAUUAGACUAUCGUUGUGUGUCGUCGGUAAUGCAAUGUGUUGGGUUCAAAGGUACUAAAUGCAUAAUCGUUAAAUAACAUGUAGCAAAUGCAGAUAAAUGAACAAUUGGCAAGAACAUGCGGUUAAAAAAAAAAAGUCUUUAAACAGUGCCGAUUAAGGCGCGCUGUCGCAUGUUUGUCUGCACUUAAUUGUUUAGGUCUCCCAAAAAGAUUGUCUUAAGGGCCCUUCCAUACUUUGCUUGUAUUGCACGAAAGCUCUACUCCUGAGGGUCCAGUUCUGUGACCACACGCCCUUCCUGAUGGGCUUCAGCUCUGGUUCUGUGAAGCCCAUUGAGAAGUGCUAAUAUGCCUCCUUUACACUGCCUGGAGAAUCUGGCAUUUUUCUGUUUUUGUUCCUUGCCAUAAAUAAAACGGUGGGUAAAGUCUAGUGAACUAAUUUCCACCUUUGGCAGUAGUAUUAAAAGUCGAUUCGUAAAGGGGAAGUUCAGAAUUUUUGACAUUUGGCUUAAUCUUCAAGUUAGCUGGGUUUUAAUUAGUCAAUUGAGUUGAUUUUAACAAAUUCUAUGCAGUUAUUAGUUUCAGGGCUCUGGAAUUGCUAAGCUAGCAUGAGUCAAUGGUGCCUGCUUAGCAUGCCAAUAAAAAAACAAUAUUACCAGAUGCAACAUAGUCAAAUAAAUUCAAAUUGCAAAUCAUUGUUCGAAAUACUCAUGUGGCCAAAACAAUGUCACACCAAACUGCCGUAAUUCAUUUAAUUUUAAAGCAGAACUAUUUUUCUUAAGAUGCGUAAUACGACCACAAUAGAGUUCUGUCUGCGGUGAAAAAAGUCAAUGUGAUAUCACUCAGAUGUUGCUGUUCAAACUACAAUUCUAGUAACUAUCCUGAAAACCGAGCCAACAUUAUUGAUUGCAUGGGUCAUCGGUGAUUCUCAUGCGUGCAUAUGUUGUUUUAUAUUGGUAUGCUAAGCAGGCACCAUUGACUCGCGCUAGCUUAGCCACUCUGGAGCCCUGAAACUAACAAAUAACUGACAAACUGCACAGAAUUUGUUUAAAUAUCAACUCCACCGACUAAACAGUCGCUAACUCGAGGAUUAAGCCUCAUGUCAAAAAUGGGUGUGAAACGUGACUUCCAGAUUCACUUUGAAAGCAGUUGUUUGUGUCCAAGUAUGUUUUUUUUUCUAUUUUGUCUUGGGUAUCAUUCCAAAAACAUACCAGGCCGUAAGCAUAACAUUCCCUUGGCUCUGGCUCACUUUUUCUUGGACUCUUGUUGGAAAAUUACUAUCUGGCAAUUAGUUGUACAGUGCCUGGUUGCAAUUUAAAAGCCAGUUUGUCAAGGGUUUCAAGCUGAAGUCAGUGCAAGUAAAGCUUUGGCUAUGAAGUGAUUGGUAGUGCUGGAUGUUUGUAAAAUUCUCGCGAGGUAGUAAUUUUGAAACUGUUUCUAUGUCCAUUGAUGAGCCAUGGUCACAAUAUGCUUAAAAAAUGCAGAAGCUGUUAAACGGGAAGUUCAGAAUUUUUGACAUAAGGCUUAAUCUUCAAGUUAGCGGGCGUUUAAUUAGUCAUGGAAGUUGAUUUGUUGUUGAUAUGUUAGUUUUUGGGCUCCGGACUGGCUAAGCUAGCACGAGACAAUGGUGCCUGCUUAGCAUACAAAUAAAAAAAAACAAUAUAUGGACGCAUGAGAAUCCCUGAUGAACCAUGCAAUCGAUAGUGUUAGUUAUGUUUUCAGGAUAUAGUUAUUAAAACGUCGCAUUGCAUAUCAAUAAUUGUUGUAUGAACAGCAACAUUUGUAUUCCAGCAGCUCUGCAGGGAACAGUCUGUCUAGUCAAGUAGGGCGGAGUGAUAUCAGUUUUUUUUUUUUUCCAUUUUUAACCGCUGAUUUUAUUUUAUUAUUUUUUUGUGGGAAUGAAAAGCACUCCCCAGCAGACUAAGCACAAGUGGCCGGAGCCUCUAUUGUGGUCACAUUACACAUCUAAAAAAAAAACAGUCCUGCAGAAUUAAAUGAAUUAUGGCAGUUUGGUAUGACAUUAUUUUGGCCGCAUGGGUAUUUGGAACAAUGCAUUUUGAAUUUACUUGACUAUGUUAGAUCAGUUAAUAUUGUUUUUUAUUACAGUUAAUAUUGUUUUUUAUUAGCAUGCUAAGAGGGCACCAGUGACUCGUGCUAGCUUAGCCACUCCAGAGCCCUGAAACGAACAAAUAACUGACAAAAACUCCACGGAAUUUGUUGAAACAUUCAUUUAACCCGCGCUAACUUGAAGAUUAAGCCUAAUGUCUAAAUUUCUGAACUUACCCUUUAAAAGCUAAUGUCUGUCUUGUCGGAAUGAUACCUGAAAUGAUAGAAAACUGACUUUAGCGGCACAAGUAGUGUCACGCAAAAUCAGAUAUCUUGCUGCCAUGUGAACGCACAACAUUGCGGCAUAUUUACAAAGGCGGAUAAAUGUCAGAUCUGUUCCGGCCAUUUCGCGGGAUUUCUGUGUAAAUGAGGCUAAUGUUUUACUUUAGACGGUUGUUGGCCCAGUAUCCUCCUGGGGGGUUUGAUGAUAUAUUUGGACUGCCACACGGAAAACGACUGGCUGUUGUCCAGUUCUGUCGCAUCUCAUAGAUGUGUGAUAGCAGUUUUAUAAACUUUUUGCCAGUCACAUUAAGAGAAACUGGCAACAAUCAGAUCAAUUUACCUCAGCAUUGAGUUCAGCGUUUGCUUCCGUGAUGUUUAGGUUUGACUGGAAACCAGCAAACUAGACUGUCCUUCGCCAUCUAUACAUGGUAAAAGCUUACUGGGAGCAUACUCUUCAGCAUAUAAAACAACCUGGUGCCUUACACACUCCGCAUGCUUACACGCUGGCCUGGUGCUUUGGAUCGCAAGUUUGGCUUCUUUUCAACGACCCGUUUUCAGUUUUCUCGGCCCAGACUUACGGUGCUUAAAAAAAAAAGGCUUAGUCCUUCUUCCCAAAACUUUCAUUGUCACUUAACAUUAUUUCCCAGCCAUCCAGGUAUCGGCCUACAUGUAAACAUGGAAGGGAAGGGUGGUUCACCUUGAUGGAAGAUGAAACAGGAGUUAGCACCAAGCACGUUAUAUAUCAGGAAGAGCAGUGGGCUGAGAACAUUAGAAAUAGUUGACAAGCCUCCAUCUCCACCCGUAUCCUUUCACCCACUUCUUGAUAUGCUCUGGCUUUUAGGUAGUCAUAUAUGUUGUCAGUCGCUCAAUUAAUGGGGAGUAGCGCGCAUGUUUUUUUUUUACCUUCUCAGCAUUAUUUUACUUUAUUUGUAUCUUUUGGAAUGUUUUCGCCCACAAAAAAUAUAUCUAUUUUUUAUGUGCAACAUUUCAUGACUGUGCAAUAUUGUAUGUGCCAAUUGUGGCAAUAUAUGUAUAUCAAUUAAAAUAUAUAUGAUUACUAUUUGAAAAGAUGUGGCUGAAUUCCAUGUUUAUUUCUAGUGAAGGAGUUGUAAGCUGUUAUUUGCACUCAAAAAUAUAUAUAUACUGGAGGGGAUUGGAGGUCAGUUGAAGGACAUAACCACCACUGGGUCAAAGCAGUUCACAAUAACUUGAGAUAACGCCGCUGCCGGAAGGGCAACAAGCGUUUGAAGAACAUCAAACACUUUGGGGGGGGGGGACAAAAAUAUAUAUUGUAAACUGAAAUUUCCAUUUUAGCUUUAAGCUAAGAAAAGGUGCUUGAAUCCAGUCUUCAUUUCCAGUUUGGUGAACUGUCUUCAGUGGUUGUUGUGUGUAGUAGCACUUUGCUUUCCCACGCAGGUUGUAAAAACCCCUGACCAGUACUUUAUCUCGAAUGUCAUUAUCUCGUCUAUUUCAUCUUUGUUUUGAUACAUGAAAUAUAGCGUAUGUAUAUUUGACAUUUAAUUUUGCCCGAUAGAGAAUCUAUAUUCAAAAGAUGUGUUUUCAUGUUUCUUGUUGGAAGAAAAAUACCAAAUUGUCAACUAUUCACUGAUGGGGAAAGUAUAUUUGAUUUUGAUGUAGUAUUUGUCCAUUGUCUGACAUUUGCAUCAAUACUAAUGACUAAAGCUUAAUUUUACAGCCUCAAAAUGCGAAAUUGGUGGCAGAAGACCUGACAAUUUACAUGUGUUGUCUUAUAGAGAUUUCUACUACUGUAUGUCAUAACAGGCUGUAAAAUAAAGCAGUGCUCUCUUAUCCUCUC